AUGUCUCAAGAACUUCCAUUGCAUAGGCCUACUGUUGGCAAGGGCAAAACAGUCAAUGGAAAUAAGGACGGAUGGUUCAAAACAAUAUUCAAAAACACCAAUAUCAGCAUCCAGCCGUCCACGACCACCACCACCACACCGUCUCAAAGUGAAGGACCGGCUACGCCAACCAUACCCUCAGCUCACAAAGAAAGUCCAGGCCCAAUUAUCAUUAACCGAGAUGAUGUGCUCAGAGAGCUCAAGAUCCACAAAAGAUUUCGCCUACCAUCGCUUUCUCCAGACCUCGAGGUUACAGACCUCCCAAACUUCGAUGAUAUAACACCAUAUGAUGUUGGUGAAUCGACUCAAGACCAACUCUGGGACCUAGAAGCCUUGAGGCUCAUUGACGCAGUUUCUCAACCCAACCCCCUGUUCUUCCAAGGGUCCAAAGAUCUGGCUGUGGAUUCCAUAAAAUCAUAUGGCAUGCUUGCCAUUUUGGCUGAUAGGGUCAUGCAAUCGUUGAUCAUUGCCAGCUAUGACGGUGAAAGUCUGUUGGUUGAACACCUUGAGCAACUCGCAGCCAAAGCCGAAUUGGAGAACUGUCGGGUCUCUCUUGUCUACAUGAGCGACGUGGAAGCUGAGUCCGAUGAAAAUCAGAAGGGGGCUAACAGAAUCAGCAACGAGGAUUUCUUCAAGUUUGUUGAUUACUGCACCGGCGUUCUGGCCCGUGUUCUUUGCUCCACUGUCGGAGACAGCACUGUUCACACCAACAUUCUGGCGCACCUGGCAAAAAUCUCGACGAAAAUCAAGGUUGUCUCAGCCAACUUGAGGAAAUACGCCCAAGUCUCGCUUGACAUCGGUGCACCUGAGCGGCCCUUUUUCAUGUCUUCUCAACCUGGGCUUCGUCAAAGCCAAGAACAGGCGCCAGCAGCCCUCGAACCUCUGAGUGCUGGUGACGCCAUAGCGAAAGCGGUGUCUGGAGGCCUGGCAGAUGAUCAAAUGGAGCGUGUCAUGGAAAGCCUCGAAACCCGAGUCCAAGCCCCUGUGGCCCCUCUGGAGGUUGAAAAUAAGAAAAAGGCUCUGCGGAUAAUGUACUAUCGGCGAUGCGAUAGGUACCGCCACGGCCUUAUCAAAAUUCUCCAGAACCUCAUCGUCCACUUACGAGGUUCGAACAGACUCACGCAGAGCUUUCCAACAUCAUAUGAGAUAUGCUCUAUGGUAUAUGAGACUGGUUUUGAGCGUUUUCGGACCCUCGUGUUUCAAGACGAGACGGACGAGUUCCUUGGUACAUCUGAUGAGCCCAUGGUCAACAAUGGUCGAAACAUGUUUCACUUCUUGAAUGAGACCGUGGAUCAUAUUUUCCCGCGAGGAUUCCUCGUGCCUGGAGACAAUGCGGGCCAGGACAGCACACAAGCUUUGCAUAUGCCUAUACGCAGACCAAACACCAGUGCAACAGACCGGUCUGUUCCCGUUGGGCUGACAACGGGUCUCAGAGAUGAGGAUGCUUCAGUUGGCACCACGAUAUCAUGGAAUUACACGCCUGAUGGCCCCGACAACACCACCACCGAAGUUCACCCACAAAGGACGGCCCGGCUCCGUUCGAUGUCGAACACUAUUUCGGUGUUGGUUCCAUUGGUCCUUGCAAGCCCCCAGGUGGUGAUGCUUGUCUCCAGGUUUAUCGACAACAUUACCUUUAGUGAUUUCAUGAUAGGUCUCAGUGCUGCUGGGGAGGCUAGUGCGGAACGCAAACGCCAAGGUCAUCUUGUCAAGCCCCAUACCUAUGCCGGAUAUACGGCAUUCUUCUCGUUGACCACGGAUGAAUACCGUGCGCAACAAGAAGCUCACCUUCCCAACGGGCCAAAAUCUCUAUCCAAUGCCCUGAUGCGACGCAACAACCUUCACAAGGGCAAAACAGCUGCGGUCCUUCCACGCAGGGAGUCAGGGGUUCUUGAGAAGCUGGCCAAUGGGCCUAACACGGGGUCACAUGCAACUCCAGCAGAUGAAAGAAGUUCACUUGAGCGCAUCGUUUCCCACCGGCAGGAACUCGAUCGCGUUGGCAAGAAGAUGAAGUCCUGGGUAUUUGAGGAAAAGGGCGUCAUGGUCAAGUGCAAAACGUAUGUUGCCAUGACGAUGCUGCUCUGCGUCAUGCUUGUUGCCGGGGGUAUUGCUAUUGGUGUGACAGUGGGAGGCAGCAUCCAAGCCGUUGAUCCAUUCAACAUCACGACAUACUGCUGGGUGCUGGCAGCAUUUGUCUUGCUUGUGGUGAAAAGCGUCCGGGUACACGAAUGGCCAUGGAACGACUUUCUGCAUGGGAGGGUUCUCUGCAAAAGCGUCUCCGAACUGUCCGAAGUCACCGGGAUAGACGAACAGCUCAUCCUAGCAAAGCUGUUACAGGAUGAAUCUUUUUCGUGCUUGGAUACCAGAGGCCCGUUCAAUGCGGUCUUCAAGCGGCGCUCAGGGGACGGGUUUUCCAUUGAUCGUCCUAUUAGCAUGUGGACGAUGCUCAUCAGCGGGCUGAUCAUGAUUGAGGUGGAGUCCAUGAACGGUCGGGGCUUGGUCUGUCUAGACCUACGCAGAGGGACCAAAUUUGCAGUCAUCAAGUCCGUAGGGGACUACUACAAGUGUGAUCCGGAAAACAGACCAACGUAUAUCUACUGUAAACGCAUACCGGAGCGCAGCUGCAAGGAAGGAGAGGUCCAGGGCGAGCAGGGCGAUGGCAACCCAUGCAAACUUGUUCUUAACAGCGGGGAUAUCGUCUGGAUGCGAGCCCUUGGUUUCUAUUCCAACAAGGAUGCGUUGUUCAUCUGA